CACUCACAGAGAAAGGAGAUCUUGAAGUGGAGACAAUCACAACCAAAACUUAAUUAUAACAAUUUAAGACAAACAUGAAUCCUUUAUUUCAAUGCAUCAUUCUUCUGGUCUGCAUCACCUUCACCAUCUGCGACUCAAAAAUUCUGAAAUGCAGAUGUUUAGGAACUCCAGUCCAAGCUGUAAAGCGUAAUCUUAUUGUUGAUGUCAAAGAGUAUAAACCUCGUCCAUACUGCAAACACCAUGAAGUGAUAGUCGUCUUGGAAGAUAAGUCUGAGCAGUGUAUUAUUCCUGGGACAAAGUAUGCCAAAAAUCUCCUGCAAGCAAAAAAACGGUUCGAGGCACAUCUCAAAACACACUCAAUGAAAUCCACUGCAGCAACCACCACCUCAGGAGCAACAUCAUCAACCACAUCAGGAGCAAAAUCAUCAACCAUCACCAAACAGAGGCACUAA